AACGUUCACCUCUCUCUCCGUGUCUCCCUCGUUCACGUCUCGUCUACCAUUACUGGAACCAAAGAAAUUAAAGCCUGGUGUUUGUUUCUUUCCGAAGGCAGCCAUGAUCCCGGCCGUUGCCGAUCCGACGACGACGUUGGACGGGGGCGCGCGCACGCCGUUGCUCCCGGAGACCGACCCUCGGGGGCGCGCUGCCCCCGCCGGCGCUCGGCAGAAUCGGCCGGCGGCGGCGGCGGCGGCGACGGCGACGAUGACCGUUCUCACCGCCGCCGUCUCCGCUGUGCUCCUGCUCGUCCUCGUGGCGGUCACGGUCCUGGCGUCGCAGGAGGGAGUCGACGGGCAGGGUGGCGGGGGCGUCGUCGCCGUGGAGGUGGCCGCCUCCCGUGGCGUGGCUGAGGGCGUGUCGGAGAAGUCCACGGCCCCGCUCCUCGGCGCCGGCGCCGGCGCCGCGCUCCGGGACUUCUCCUGGACCAACUCGAUGCUGGCGUGGCAGCGCACGGCGUUCCAUUUCCAGCCCCCCAAGAACUGGAUGAACGAUCCGAACGGUCCCCUGUAUCACAAGGGCUGGUACCACCUGUUCUACCAGUGGAACCCGGACUCCGCGGUGUGGGGCAACAUCACCUGGGGCCACGCCGUCUCGCGCGACCUCCUCCACUGGCUCCACCUACCGCUGGCCAUGGUGCCAGACCACGCGUACGACAGCAACGGCGUGUGGUCCGGGUCCGCCACGCGCCUCCCGGACGGGCGGAUCGUGAUGCUCUACACGGGGUCCACGGCGGAGUCGGCGCAGGUGCAGAACCUCGCGGAGCCGGCCGACCCGUCCGACCCGCUGCUGCUGGAGUGGGUCAAGUCGGACGCCAACCCGGUGCUGGUGCCGCCGCCGGGCAUCGGGCUGACGGACUUCCGCGACCCGACGACGGCGUGGCGGGCGGCGCCCAACGACGGCGCGGCGGCGUCGUGGCGGGUCGCCAUCGGGUCCAAGGACCGGGACCACGCGGGGCUGGCGCUGGUGUACCGCACGGAGGACUUCGUGCGCUACGACCCGGCGCCGGCGCUGAUGCACGCCGUGCCGGGCACCGGCAUGUGGGAGUGCGUGGACUUCUACCCCGUGGCCGCGGCCGCGGCGGGCGGCGCCGACGGGCUGGAGACGUCCGCGGCGCCGGGCCCCGGCGUGAAGCACGUGGUCAAGGCCAGCCUCGACGACGACAAGCACGACUACUACGCCAUCGGCACCUACGACCCGGCCACGGACGCCUGGACCCCCGACGACGUGGAGAAGGACGUCGGCGUCGGCCUGCGCUACGACUACGGCAAGUUCUACGCGUCCAAGACCUUCUACGACCCCGUGCUCCGCCGCCGGGUGCUCUGGGGCUGGGUCGGCGAGACCGACAGCGAGCGCGCCGACGUCCUCAAGGGCUGGGCAUCCGUGCAGUCGAUCCCCAGGACGGUGCUCCUGGACACGAAGACGGGCAGCAACCUGCUGCAGUGGCCGGUGGUGGAGGUGGAGAACCUCCGGAUGAGCGGCAAGAGCUACGACGGCGUCGCGCUGGACCGCGGAUCCGUCGUGCCCCUCGACGUCGGCAAGGCGACACAGCUGGACAUCGAGGCUGUGUUCGAGGUGGACGCGGAGGGCGUGGGCGUGGCGGAGGAGGCCGACGUGACGUUCAACUGCAGCACCAGCGCAGGCGCGGCGAGCCGGGGCCUGCUCGGCCCGUUCGGCCUGCUCGUGCUGGCGGACGAGGACUUGUCCGAGCGCACCGCCGUGUACUUCUACCUCGUCAAGGCCACGGACGGCAGCCUCAAAACUUUCUUCUGCCAAGACGAGCUCAGGUCAUCCAAGGCAAACGAUCUGGUUAAGCGAGUAUACGGAAGCUUGGUCCCUGUGCUAGAUGGGGAGAAUCUCUCGGUCAGAAUACUGGUUGACCACUCCAUCGUGGAGAGCUUUGCCCAGGGCGGACGGACGUGCAUCACGUCGCGCGUGUACCCGACGCGGGCCAUCAACGACUCCGCCCGCGUGUUCCUCUUCAACAAUGCCACGGGUGUCCACGUCAAGGCGAAAUCCGUCAAGAUCUGGCAGCUCAACUCCGCCUACAUCCGCCCAUACCCAGCAAGUUCUCUAUGAGCUAGCAAAGUGACCGUAACCGACAAAUAGGCAGCAGUAUUAUUGCAUGCUUGUUAAUUACAUGCAUGGGCUCAUUUGUAGAAUAGUGAUUGAUUAAUUUAUUCGUUGGCUCUUGUUUGUAUAUCGGUCAUCUAUCUAGAGUAUUACUUGAGCGAUUUAAUUGUGCGUGUGAUGCUCAGAUCAAGUAGCGGUUGAAAAUGAGCUUGAAAACCGGCAUUGUGAAAUGGUUUCAAAUUUUUUUUUGACAGUUUUCCAAAAGGUUCCAAUAUGGUUUGAA